AUGAUUAUUGGUGGUGUCCUGGCGCCCACGGAAUGUUUCGGUUUGCUUGUACUUCAAAUCCGCACAUCACUUGGAUUCCACAUGUCAUCUCCGGAGGCUCCUUGGGGCCGGGGUGUUGCUGAUCGUCUUGCAGGCCAAUUGAAUAUCGAGAGUAGUGAAACCCUAACUGGACUCAACUAUAUUAUUGAUGUGUCCCCUACGUACGCCAAUUCGGCGAUUGCAGCCAAUUCCUUUUUUUGGUCAUGGCUAGGGGCUGGGCUUCCCAUAUUUGCCCUGCGUAUGUUGAAAAUUCUGGGCGCGCCUUGGGCCAUGACUUUGUUGGGAUGUCUCACCGCUGUGUACUUCCCUGUCCCCAUGGCGUUUUCAUCUAUGGACGAAAGAUCCGAUCAUGGAGUAAAUUCAGCGUGA